AUGAAAAAGUCAACCACAAUUGAUACAUUCUUUAAAAGAAAGAAUGUUGAAGUUUCAACAUCUGAAGUCUCGUCAAAUCCAUCAGUGGAUGUAGAUCAUAACAAUUCAAAAAAUCGCCCAACAAAAUCUUUAAGACUUGACAUUAAAGAAGGGUUUGAUAUUAAUUCAUUAGAGCGUGAUCCAGGAAUAUGCCCGCCAAUAUGGGAGUAUCCACCUGAGAAGUGUGAUGAAGUUCGUAGAGCUUACAUUAAGGCUGGUCCGUAUCAGAUUAUACUCUCUAGCUAUCAAAAAUCAGAAGAAGCUCAUUCACGUUCUUUUCAGCCAUCUUGGUUUAAGUUAUUUCCAUCUUGGUUUGAAUAUUCUCCUAAAGUGAGAGGAAAAAAUUGUGCAUUUUUAGCACAUAUCGGAGAAGAUAUAAAUUCACCUCAUAGAAAUGCUGAGAAAGAAGUUGCAGAUCUCAUGAACCAACCAACACAUAUUGGAAGAAGGUUUGCGAACUUCACAUCACAAGAAAUUGCUGACAAUAGACUUCGUUUGAAAACAUCAAUGGAGGGGAUUAGGUGGCUCGCAUUUCAAGCAUGCCCUUUUAGAGGUCACGAUGAAUCUAAAACUUCAAUUAAUCGGGGAAACUUUUUAGAGUUAUUGAGUUUCAUAACGUCCUACAAUGAUAAGGUAGCCGAAGUUUUGGAUAAAGCUCCACGAAAUGCCACAUAUACAUCACCAACAACGCAAAAAAAAGUUUUACAUGUCUUGGGAAAUAAAGUGAGAAACGCGAUUCGUGAAGAAAUUGGUGAUGUAAAGUUUUCAGUAACAGUUGAUGAAGCACGAGAUGAAUCUAAGAAAGAGCAAAUGUCAAUUGUUUUGAGAUUUGUUGAUAAAGAUGGUUAUGUGCAAGAACGUUUUUUCGGGCUUAUUCAUGUCAAAGACACUGCUGCUUUAACAUUAAAAGAAGGUAUUUUCUCUAUACUCUCUAAUUAUAGUCUUGAUGUUCAAUCUAUUCGUGGACAAGGUUAUGAUGGCGCAACAUUAGUUGCUGCAUCUAGAGAAGUUAUUCCUGUCCAUCAAUUUUUUACAAAGUUAAACUCCAUUGUUAAUAUUGUUGGUGCUUCAUGUAAGCGCAAUGACCAACUAAAAGAUGCUCAAGCGGCAAAUAUUGCUCAUUUACUUGAGAUUGAUGAACUAGAAAGUGGAAAAGGACUCAAUCAAAUUGGUUCUUUACAAAGGGCAGGUGAUACUCGUUGGAGUUCUCAUUUGAAAUCUAUUUCUAGUUUGAUAAAGAUGUUUAGUGCAACAUGUGAAGUUUUAUUGAAUAUUAUUGAAGAUGGCACUACUUUUGCUCAACGAGGAGAUGCAGAUGCAGCUUAUGAGUCAUUAACUUCUUUUGAAUUUGUUUUUAUUUUGCAUCUUAUGAAAAAAAAUCUAGAAAUUUCUAAUAUACUCUGUCAAGCGUUGCAACUUCAGUCUCAAGAUAUUUUAAAUGCAAUGCAUCUUGUUUCUUCUACUAAGACUCUCAUUCAGAAAUUGAGAGAAGAUGGAUGGGAUGAAUUAGUUGAUGAGGUGAAAUCUUUUUGUGAACUUGUUAAUAUACCUGUGCCAGAUUUUAAUGCUCAUUAUACUGCAAAAAGAGGAAGAAGUCGUGGUCAACAAGAUGCAAUUACAGUGGAGCAUUAUUACAGAGUUGAUCUUUUCAAUGCAGUGAUAGACUUUCAACUACAAGAAUUAAACAACAAAUUCAAUGAUAGCACAGUGGAGUUACUCAUUCUCAGUUCAGCUUUAGAUCCAAGAGAGAUACACACAUCAUUUAGAAUUGAUGACAUUUGCAAGUUGGUACAAAAAUUUUACCCAAAAGAUUUUACAGAAUACGAGAUGGUACAAUUAAGGACGCAAUUUGAACAUUUUGCUCAUAUACGAGAACUUUCUGAUUUUAAUAUUUUGGCAACCAUUUCUGAUUUAUGUCAGUGGUUGGUAAAAACUAGAAAAACAAAGAUUUUUCCAAUUAUGUAUAAAGUGAUAACUCUUAUUCUUACACUUCCAGUUUCUACAGCUACCACAGAACAGUCUUUUUCAGCUAUGAAUAUAGUAAAGACUACACUUCGCAACAAGAUGGAAGAUGAAUUUUUAAGUGAUUGUUUGCUCGUGUAUAUUGAAAGAGAAAUUGCCAAAAAAUUUAGUAUAGAUUCACUUAUCGAUGAUUUUCGUGAUAUGCAAGAAAGACGUUCUGUAUUUUAA